UGCCUGCGGACCCGACCGGGCACCAUGGGCACACACUGAAACGCUGUCUUAGCCAAGGGAACGCUUUGCUCUGAGGGUGGCUGAACACACGCUGUCCAGGGAGUCUCUGGAGUCUUCCUCCUUGGGGUUAUUCAGAGGCUACCUGGACAUGGUCCUGGGAAACCAGCGUGGGGUUUCUCUUCCAUGAGCAAGAGAAUGGGACUUCCAGGGAUCCCUGCCCACCUGAACCAUCCUGUGACUCCUGAAACCUUUCUGAAGCUUUGCUGCGGGUGCCAUGCUCACAGCUCAGAGUUACACAGGUUGCCAGGAUCUGUAUUCACCCAUUGAUAAAAAGACAUUUUGAUAUUUUUGACAUAGGGUUCACCGUGAAAAGCCCAGGGUGGGUCUGGUCAGUAGCACUGCCCACAGAAGGAUGAGCACCCAUUACGGUGUCAGUCAGUUUUGUACAGAGUAUCUAUGUUCAAACCUUUUAUCAAAUCCCAAUGUCUGUGUUUCAGUUUAUUCUAUAUGGCACGGUUGGUUACCCACUGAGAGCACAUCAAUGGACUUGGAAGCUAAAGAUGAAGAGGAGGAGAGUCUACAAACAGCAUUCAAAAAGCUGAGAGUGGAUGCAGCAGGAUGUAUCGCAGCUCUGUCCGUGGGCGACGGGACCAUUCUCAGAACUGUGACAAGAGCAGCCAUGGAUGGAGCCAAGCAGCAGCCUGUCAGCUCCAAGGAAGCAUGGCAUGGGUGUGUGAGAAAGCCCUCCCGAGGAUCGGCCAGGCUCCCGCGGCGCCGGCGCUCCAAGUCUCCGGUCCUGCACCCUCCCAAGUUCACCUAUUGCAACAUGAAAGCCAACAGCCAGCUGAAACACAAAGCCCAGGCAGACACCUCGAAGGGUGUCAUCAGCUCCGAUGUUUUUGCCCCAGCAGAACAUGGUACGAAGGACGGGCAGGAUUUGCACCUUGAGGCCAGUAACGACAGAACUGAACCGUUGGAAGCUUUCACCGCCGAAGAGCCUUUGCAGCUGCUGGGGGAGAAUUGCCCCGCUCUCUCCUCAUCCUUUGAGAACAGCUUGCAAACCUCAGAUUUCCAGUCCUUAUCCAUGCUCAGCAAGGGCAGGCAGUGCCCCUGCAGGGACAGGAAGUGCCAGUGCCAGCAGUGGCGCGCCAUGGAGGUGUACUCCUUCUCGGGGCUGCGCAGCGUCCUGUCCGAGUGCGAGAAGGCUGUCCUGGGAGUCCAUGCCCACUCCCUCCAGAACAGAUCUCCCUCUGCAACAGCCUCAGCAAGCUCUCCCAGGUCUUGUUCUGAGCAAGCUCGAGCCUUUGUGGAUGAUGUGACUAUUGAAGAUCUUUCGGGAUACAUGGAGUACUACUUAUAUAUUCCCAAGAAAAUGUCUCACAUGGCAGAGAUGAUGUAUACUUGACUGUAAGCAAUAGAGAAUCCUGAAGCAGAGUUGGAUACAAUGGUUGGGCUAAUUGCCUUGUCAGUGCCAUGUUUUCACUGUUGUGUGUUUGACUAAAUGUUUCUUUGCCUCAUACAGUUUAGUUUUCUAAUAAAAGGAAAAAUUAAAUAUAGUUUCUGAGCUUAGUUCUAAAAAGAAUGCACUAAAGUCUCUGAAUACCUUAACAAAAGCACUCUAGAUCAAAUGAGCUCUGUUUGGUUUUUGGUUUGUGCUGUGGAUAUUGAAGCUCUGUAUGCUGUUUUCACUAUGUUUUGGAAAAAAACCAAACAAAACCAAAAAAACUUCUAUUUUUUUUCUGAUAUUUUGAUGUGUUUGGAAUGUUCAUUCUUAAUGUAUCUCCAUGCUUAGAGAAAAGUUUCACAGCUACAGCUCCAUCUUUUUUAUCCUGCUCUAGAGAGAAGGAUGAGAAGGCAUUCAGCAUUUUGGAUAGGAUGAAUCUCCUUUCCUUGAACACUGGCUGGCUCCGUUUUUAGUUGGAUCAAGUUGUGAAUGCUUCUUCCUUACAAUUUUUUGGGAGGUCCAGAGGGUGUGUACUUGGACCCUUAAUCGAACUCGCUCACUCUUAAGCAGUUCUAUUUUUCUGCAGAUAAGUGAAGCUCUUAGAAGUAAAAAUAUAUUUUGUUAUUUGUGCUUUACAGAUGGAAUAAUUUAGGGGGGAGUGGAGCAUGCUACCAGUUUUUUGAGCUGUGCAGUCUCAGAAGUGGAGAGGGUGGAACCAUCUAUACAGGAUGUUUCUGAGCACAUCUGAUACACAGUGGUGUGGAAAGGGGGUGAGCAAGAUGUGUGUAUCAUCCUGGCUUUGUGCUGUAGAGCUAUGACAUUCCUGCUGGUUGAAAAUAACUGCAAUAAAAAAUUCUGUUGCCGAGACUUGCAUUAAUAAAUGUUUGUCAAACCCA